GUGCUUUCUCUUGUUUUUCACCAAAAAUUGCACGAUUCUGCAAAACAGAUAAGUAGCUAUUUUAGUUGACUCGAAGCGUAGAAUCAUAUAAAUAGAAACCAGAAGUGUGGAAAAGAUCAAAAACAGUUUUGAUUUGAACUUUGCAAAAAUGUAUAAGGUAUCUAUUGUUCUACUCCUUUUGGCUGCCGCUGUAAGCGCUGUUCACAUUCAACAACGUUAUCAUGGCCAAGACAUCUACGCUGAACCCGAUUGCUCCAUUGUAGAAGAUCACGCUCAAAUGUUCCGUGACAUCUCCGAUCCUACACACUACUGGGUCUGCCCAGAGGGUCAGGAGAAGGCCGAUUACAUUCAAUGUCCCGAUAAUUAUGCAUUCAUGGAGAAGGAGCAAAGAUGCGUUGUAUGGGAGGAAUGGCAAUGGGUUGAACCAUACACUAAAUAAAUCUUAUGAUUAAAUAUUUACAUUUCAUUUGUUGGCCAGUUUAAAUAAAUUGCUUUGAAACUUAAA